AUGCGUUGGAAGCUACUGCUAACCGUGUGCUUAGUUAUAGUCACUAAAUUGGUGGUGGGAAAGAACGUCAAAUAUGCGGAAGCCGAGGCAGAAUCGGAGAUCGAGUCGGGGCAAUUCUUUAGCCAACUCUACAAGAGCAAUCUCCGGCAGAUGGUCCGAAUGAAGAAUGAUUCGGCCGAUCCCUGCGAUGACUUCUAUGCCCAUGCCUGUGGGAACUUUGAUCAAUCACUGGUGGAUGAGGAUGAAGUGCCACCGUAUCUGUACAACAAACAAGAUCGAAUGCUCUUUUUUCAGGCACAAUAUGGAAACUUCCAGACGUUACCAGGUCGCUUGAUCUCCCAACUAUACUCCGAGUGUCGAAGCAGAGGGGAGAGCCAUGUACUGAGCGUGAAGCCCCAGCUCUCGCAUUGGGAGCGUCUGCUGGAGGAGAUCCCAUUCCUGAGAGAGCAUGGAGAAGUUCUCUCCGCCUGGCCCUUCCUCCGACAUCAGUGGGAACGCAGGCAGCUGGAUGGUAGGCUCAAUUGGAUCGCUCUCUCCGCUCAGUUCGCGGCGCAUGGGUUUCCAACACUUCUCCACAUCUACUUUGCCCCACAAACCAUCUAUGUGAGCCCCUUGCAGGAUCUACCAUGUCCCAGCCUGGCGGAGUUCCAGUCGAGCAUGUCAGAUGUCCUGGAGGGUCGCCACCCCAAUGUGGGACACAUAGUGGCCCACGAGAUGCGAAUCCUAUGCCGAGGAAUGAGAGGAGAACUUCCGCUGGUCAGGAGUCUUACAAGAAAUGGCGGGACAACGCCUAGACCCGAUCAGGAGCAGCUACUUCUCGACGACAACACCAUGGAGUACUUCCAGCACUUUUUCGCCACGCUCAACUUCACUGAGGAGCAACUGGAGACGGCACGAAAACUCCCUUUGGAUGUGCAGAAGAUCAGCCAAGCCUGGCAGGUCCUUCGGCAAACGGAACCUCGCAUCGUCUACAACUAUGUGCUGUGGCAGCUCAAGGAGCAGCUCCUCUAUACCGAUUGCUUCCAGCUGGCCGAGGAGUUUGAGAGAUUACUUCACUGCGAGUACUGGCAGUGGCAUGUCCUUAGCCCUCAGAUCAGCCGAGAGGUGGCACUGGCCUCCUAUCAACUCCAUACCACCCGCUUCCAACAGCGGCGUCGCUCGACUCUGUCUCGAAGGGAUUGGUAUGGCCAUCUGCUCCCAGCAUCCGUGGAACGAAAGGAGCUGCAGGUGGCCCGCCUGCUGCAGUCCCAUGCUCAGGCCUACCUGAAUAUCACGGAGCUAAACCAUAACUACAGGGACCUGGGGUUCUCCAGCAAUGCCUUCCAUAGGAACCUUCUACUCCUCAGACGAGCGCAGCUUCGUCACAGCUUCAUCUCCCCCUACAUCGACGAAGAGGAUGUCAAUGGACCAGCCUAUUUCCUGCGACACUUUCUGCACUUUGUGCUGUUAUCGCUCCAUCGACCCACCUAUCACUAUUAUGCCACCCAGGGCCUGGAGCUGUGGCGCCAGUCUCAUCUCCUACUGGACACUGAUGGACGAUACACCGCCUUGGACUGCCUGGAGCGGCAGUCGCUGCAGCAGUACGACUCCCGACUAGCACCCAUUUACCGGCAGCUCAGCGCGGAUGAGAUUGGGGAGAUCUUCCUUUUUUAUCGCUCGUUUCAGGCCUCACUGCGGGACUAUCGCUUCUGGCUUCAGGGCGAGCGCUUCGCCUUUGCAGAGGCUUUUGUUCUGAAGUACUUCCAUCUGGAUCCUCAGCGGGUGCUCUUCUAUGCGGUGGCCCAGCAACUGUGUAGCCGGCAGACGGAUAUCUUUGCUGCCCAACUGAAUCGGGGAUACAUGAAUAUGCCAGAGUUCCAAGAGGCCUUCAAGUGUGACUUGAAGCCCGAUAAGCCUAUGAAUCCACCAGCCAGGUGCAUGAUUAAUAUGUGUGAUUAAUCAGAAAUUAGUAAAUGGACAUGGAGAAAACAUGUAUCUAUUUAAGUACUAUUUUCGAACGGUAUUGACGAUUUUCAAUCAACCAAAUGUUAAUUUCUAAAUAGCCUUAAGACUUGUACAUAUGUAAAUAUCCUAUAAAUAAUUUAAUGGA